GUUCUUCUCAAACCAAUUAUUGAUGUAGCUGGUUUGGAUAUUUCACAUUGGUUCGAUCCUCGUACUAAUGAUAUUCGUCAUCACAUUGACCCAGUUACACAUUGUUUACUUCCAUAUACUCCUCAUGGUCGUUUUAUUCAUGUAGCACCACCAUUUCCAUCAAGUGAUUUUGCUAAUGACUAUGGUAUUCCAUGGUGGAAAGAUCCAAAGUAUAAAAUUGGUGUUUUAUCAAAAAAAGUUCGUACUAUUCGUAUUCUUAAUGUUCUUACAUUACAAGAUCAUAUUAUUGAAGUUUGCUCAGAAGAAAAUAUGCAUGAAAUUCUUGAACGUUAUUUAAAAUAUAAUCAACAUGCAUCAAGUUAUACAUGGAAAUAUGAUGGAAAAGUUUUAGAUAUGGAUAAAACAUUAGAAGAAAAUGGUAUUAGAGAUGAUGAUAAUGAUUUUGAUAGACUUAAAAUGCGUGAUGAUAGUUAUUUACAAUCAAUUAUGUUGUAUUAUAAUGAUGAUUUAACAGAAGCUUAA